CCUCUGUUCACAAACCAAAAUCUGAGCGCCAAAAACGCACGAGCGCAGCUCUGACUGUCCAGCUGGAGAUCAGCUUUUGGUUCAGACUUGGAGUGUGCGUGUGCACGUCAGUGUGCGUGUGAGUGUGCGUCCACCAAGAAGUCACAACAUUUUCUUAGGGGCAAAAUUUAAUUUGUUUAAAAAAAAAGAUGACAAGUGUGUGAAAGUUGGCUCCGUUUGUUCCCAUGAUGCAGCGCGGCUGCGUUUCCAGCUCCAGACUAAUAAAUCUGUUUGUGCUGAAACGUUUCUUUUUGCUGCUGGAAAUAAAAAUCAGUUUUCCUCCCGGCAGUGAAAGAAAAAGAAGAAAAAAAAAGUUUAAUGGGAAUUUGCCUGAAACCAAACCAGGAGAAAGAAAGAGUUUUGGGAGAGGAGAGGGGAGAAAAGAGGAGAUCAGGGAGAGGAGAGGAGAGAAAAGAGGAGAUCAGGGAGAGGAGAGGAGAGAAAAGAGGAGAUCAGGCAGAGGAGAGGGAGAAAAGAGGAGAUCAGGGAGAGGAGAGAACGGAGGGAGUCCAGGCUGAGGAGUGAGCAGAGACCAAACUGCUCUUUAAUCAGUGAGGGGCUAAAUAGAGGCGGGCCGAGCUGCCUACUGUAAUCCGAUACGCGCUCACGUGUACGGCGCGCACGCGCCCCGAAACAGGGGACGGAGCGAGCAGCGCGGCUCGCUGCCACACAGCCAGAAGAGUCUGGAGAGGAAGGAGCGCCGCGCAGAGCCCGCAGAGAGCGGAGAGACACGCAGCCUGCGGCGCAGCGCGGAGGGCACCGCGCGCGCCUCCUCACACUUUACGCACGUGAAGCGCAGCGCCUCUUUCCAGGAAAUCUGAGCGUUUCUGGAUGAACCUGCAGCCGGACGGAGAAGUGGAGGAAACGCGCCGCUAGAUGAACGCGGUUCCGUCUGGAGGAAGUUAAACUGGAGGUUCUGGAGCGGUUCGGGACGGAAUGGACUUAAAGAGUCUAGAAACCAAGAGUGGUUUUGCUGUCCGGCCUGUGAUUUUAUUUUUUAAGUUCCACAUUUAGAGCUUCGCGUGUCACCUGCAGUUCCAGGGUCAGUUCCCACGCGCGUUUCCCCGCAGAGACCCGGCGCGCGCCGACUGUGCGCAAAGCGAUGGAUCCCGCAGCUUCAGAACUCCGUUUGGAACGAAAAUUCCGCUGAUUUGGGAUUUUAUUUUGGAAAACGCAGCUGCUGCUCGCUGACAGAAAAGGGGAAGUUUGUUUCAGAAACAGUUACGCGUUCUUGGAGAGCGCAGCGCGCGGGAAGCGCGGGGCCGACCGCUCCGAGGCUGCGCUCCAAACCCUGGAAACAGGCUGCGGGGCUGACGCGGUCCGCGCGAGUCCGAUCCGUUUCCGCGCGAGGGCAGGGAGUGUUUCCACUGCGAGAAGAUGGAUUUACCCGCGUGGAUGUGUGGAUGUAUUCUGGCGUUUCUGCUGCCUUCAGCGGGAAAAGCGUCCAAAGGAGCGCCGGAGCCGUGCGGCGGCUACCUGGACGCCAGCGACGCCGGAUACAUCACCACCCCCGGCUACCCGCACGAGUAUCCGGCCAAUCAGAACUGCCGCUGGAUCAUCACGGCCCCCGAGCCGUCUCAACGCAUCAUCCUCAACUUCAACCCUCACUUUGAGAUCGAGAAGCUGGACUGCAGGUAUGACUACGUGGAGAUCCAUGACGGGAACUCUGAGUCAGCCGAUCUGCUGGGGAAGCACUGCAGCAACAUCGCCCCCGCUCCCAUCAUCUCGUCGGGGCCGUCGCUCCUCAUCAAGUUCGUGUCGGACUACGCCCAGCACGGGGCGGGCUUCUCACUGCGCUACGAAAUCUACAAAACAGGCUCGGAUUGCUCCCGGAAUUUCACCAGCCACUCCGGCCUCAUCGAGUCUCCGGGCUUCCCGGACAAAUACCCCCACAACCUGGAGUGCUUCUUCAUCAUCGUGGUCCCCCCCAGCAUGGAUGUCACCCUCAACUUCCUCACCUUCGACUUGGAGAACGACCCCCUCCCAGGAGGGGAGGGGGAGUGCAAGUACGACUGGCUGGAGGUGUGGGACGGGCUCCCCGCAGUGGGCCCUCUGAUUGGUCGAUACUGUGGGACGAGAGUUCCUCCUGAGAUCCACUCAUCCACCGGGAUUCUCUCCCUGGCCUUUCAUACCGACAUGGCAGUAGCUAAAGACGGCUUCUCCGCCCGGUACAACAUGACGCAUAAAGAAGUCAGCGAGACUUUUCAUUGCAGUAACCCUUUUGGUAUGGAGUCUGGAAAGAUCACCGACGAGCAGAUCACCGCCUCCUCCACGUUCGAAGAGGGACACUGGCUUCCACGACAGGCCAGACUCAACUGCAACGACAACGCGUGGACGCCCAACGAGGACAGCGUCCGGGAGUACAUUCAGGUGGACCUUCAUACCGUGAAGGUGCUGACCGGCAUCGCCACGCAGGGCGCCAUCUCCAAGGAAACCCAGAAAACGUACUAUGUGACCACCUUCAAGCUGGAGAUCAGCACCAACGGAGAGGACUGGAUGAUCUACAGACACAGCAAGAACCACAAGAUUUUUCAUGGCAACACCGACGCAACAGAGGUGGUCCUGAACCGGAUCCCACAGCCGGUGCUGGCCCGGUUUGUGCGGAUCCGGCCUCAGACGUGGAAGAACGGCAUCGCCCUCAGAUUUGAGCUCUACGGUUGUCAGAUCACAGAUGCUCCGUGCUCCGAGCUGCAGGGGAUGCUGUCUGGGCUGCUGCCAGACUCGCAGAUCUCUGCCUCCUCCAUGAGGGACAUCCACGGCUCCAUGGGGGCGGCCAGGCUGGUGGCCAGUCGCUCCGGCUGGUUCCCCAACCCCACGCAGCCCAUCGUGGGAGAGGAGUGGCUGCAGGUGGACCUCGGCGUGCCGAAGAUGGUGCGUGGCGUCAUCACUCAGGGCGCCCGAGGGCUGGAGGGCAGCACCAGCGCCGAGAACCGAGCGUUCGUCCGGAAGUACAAGCUGGCUCACAGCCUGAGCGGCAAAGACUGGAGCUACAUCCUGGACAGCAAGACCGGCUUCGCUAAGGUCUUUGAGGGGAACAGCCACUACGACACUCCAGAGGUGCGGCGGUUUGAUGAGAUCGUGGCGCAGUACAUCCGGAUCUUUCCGGAGCGAUGGUCUCCCGCCGGGAUCGGCAUGAGGAUGGAGGUCCUCGGCUGUGAUCUUCCAGAAGCCACCACCCUCCCCGACACGGCGAUCCCCACCUCUCCUAGGGCGGAGCAGACCACCCCCGCAUGGAGAUCUGCCACAACGCCAUCACUGUCGGCCGUGUGCGACUUCGAGCAGAGUCUGUGCGGCUGGUCGGCCGAUCCUCACUCCGGAGCCAGCUGGUCCCUGACCACGGCGGCCCACAGCUCACCGGGACACAGCUCGCACGGGACGAGGCAGGACCUGGCGCUUGGAUCGGACAACUUUUCUGGGAACUAUCUGAACCUGGACGCCGGCAGCCACAGCCAGCAGAAGAAGGCCCGGCUGCUGAGCCCGGAGGUGGAGCCGGAGCGAGGCCCGCUCUGCCUGCAGUUCCACUACCAGCUCCAGGGGGAGGCCCAGGGCAGCCUGAGGGUCCUGCUGAGGGACAGCGACCUGGACGAGACCCUCCUGUGGGAGCUGAGAGGGGACCAGGGGCCUCACUGGAGGGAGGGCCGAACCAUCCUGCCCCAGAGCCCCAAAGAGUACCAGGUGGUGUUUGAGGGUUUCUUUGAGAACCCGACCAGAGGCCACAUCCGGAUAGACAACAUCCACAUGAGCGACAGCAUCCAGCUGGAGCAGUGUGCACAGCCUCUGUUCGCCUUAACUCCAGAGAUCAGCAGGGGUGCCAUAUCUGGGAUGGAGCCCACCGUUGACUCAGUGUUGAUGCAGCCGCUCCCCGCCUACUGGUACUAUGUGCUGGCGGGAGGCGGCGCCCUCUUGCUGCUGGCGACUGUAACCGUGGCGCUGAUUCUGUGCUGCCAUCGCUACCACUGGGCCAGCCAGAAGAGCGGCGGCGGCCAUCAUCAUUCGGUGACGUACCGCAGCAGCCAGCAGCCGUGCCGGCGGGGUCAGGAGACGACCUUCCAGAACCAGAACCUCCACUGGAACAUGACCCAACACCAGCUUUACUCCGGGCCGGGCCCGCACACAGAACCAAUGCUCAGCAUCACUCUGGAGAAAGGAGACAGCUUCGACCCCCACUGCUGAGCAGAACCGACUGAAGGACCGGUUCUGGCCCACAGAGAUUCCCUCAGACUAGGGAGCAGCUUUAGCUCAUCUCUGCACGGUGAAGUCGCCGCCGCUGAAGGGAAACAUCCGUAGAGCCGGACGGAAGCACGAUCCGAGCUGAACGCCAGAGCGGAUCUGCAGGUUCUGCUGGUUCUGUGCAGCUGAUGGAGUGCCUCCUGCUUCCCGGGCGGCGGAGUGAAGUUUGAGGCUGAAGCCGCAUCAGCUGUCCUGCUGGAACUGCACGAAAUUCAUUGUGGAUGUGACUUUUCUAUUGAAGUAUGGCCCCGCCCCCUUCCCGCUGGUUGAUGUAGUGCCUCUGAGCAACACCAGAAUGUUUUUACCGUUUGCUGCCUGGAUGCUCUCUGCCUGUCGACGUUGUGCUGCUGAAACCGGAUCCACGAUCCCGAAGUUCUACUGAGUUCUCCGUGAAAGCUCAAGAGUCAAAGAGCUUUCACGGAGUUUUUAAUGAUGGCCGAACGUUUACAGAUUUACUUUCAUCGGAGAACUGAGACCAAACCUGCUGUGACAGAACACCUGAACUGUCUCCUGAUGGAAACCUGAAACCUGUGAAGGCGGUUUUCUGGAGAGAACUGGUUACCGUGGUAACGGGACAAAAGAGAGGACGCCUCACAGUCCACCACACGCCGUGGUCACUGACAGAAACGGCGAUCUGAUGAGGGUGGUCGUCUGACGGGAACGGAGAUGAAAGCUGGGAGGAGGCGGAGAUGCUGACUCCUUCAUCUGACCUCACACCUGAUCGGGUCUCACCUGAUCGAGUCUCACCUGAACAAGUCUCACCUGAUCGAGUCUCACCUGAUCGAGUCUCACCUGAACGAGUCUCACCUGAUCGAGUCUCACCUGAUCGAGUCUCACCUGAACGAGUGUCAGCUGAUCGAGUCUCACCUGAACGAGUCUCACCUGAUCGGGUCUCACCUGAUCGGGUCUCACCUGAUCGAGUCUCACCUGAUCGGGUCUCACCUGAACGAGUGUCACCUGAACGAGUCUCACCUGAUCGAGUCUGACCUGAUCGGGUCUCACCUGAACGAGUGUCACCUGAACGAGUCUCACCUGAUCGAGUCUCACCUGAACGAGUGUCACCUGAACGAGUGUCACCUGAUCGGGUCUCAUCUGAACGAGUGUCACCUGAACGAGUCUCACCUGAUCGAGUCUCACCUGAACGAGUCUCACCUGAUCGAGUCUCACCUGAACGAGUCUCACCUGAUCGGGUCUCACCUGAACCGAUUGCAGCUGUCCUGUUUCCAGCUGUUUUCCAGGAACAGAUUUGGUUUUCUUCUCUGAACUGAGCGUCUGCGUCCUGCAGACGUCAGUGGAACCAGCUGCAGGAAGUUCACUUGGUGGUUUUCUGUCCUCAAAGAUCUUCUCCGCAGCAGAUGGUUUCUCGUCUGUUUUCUCCGGCUCCACGUCCAGCUUCCAUCUCCGUUCCCGCUCUGAACCUUCAUGUUCAUAACAGUCAUAUCCUAUUUUCUCUUUUUUAUGAUUUUUUGUCAAAUCCUGCUUGUGUGUUUGAGUGGAACAUCGACUCUGAAGGUUGAAAAUUGUGAUUUAACUUUAAAAUGUAAAGAAAACUAGAAAAAUUGCAUCACCUGCAAUGAUGCUAGUGCGGAUGCUUUCUGUUGAAUGUGGCCGCUAAAGAUGCUUUGGCAAUUUAAGAAAUUGCUAAAACAAUUUACUGAAAGUGAUAAAAUAAGUUGCAUAAUACCCCAACAUUUAAGCAUAACCCAGGACUCCGCCCAAAAAUGCUAACACGCUAGACUUUGCUAAAAUAUUACCUUGACUCCAAGUUAGCCCAAAGACAUCUCCAUAGAUGUCAAACCACAAAGCUAGCAUGUUCCUAAAAUAUUAGCUCGACCCAAAAUUAGCCCAAACCACUACAGUAGAUGCCAAAUUAUCCAAAAAAGCUAACAAGUUGCUAAUAUAUUAGCUUAAAACCAAAUUUGCAAAAAAAAAGCUAUAAAAAAUUGCAAAAAUUGCAUAAAAAAAGGUGAAACGUGUGAACACCAAUAAUGUAAGCAUGACUGUUCUGAACGAGCUGAACCUUUUGAUACCAAGAUCACAGAACUUUCAUAAAGUGUGAUUUAGUUGUUACGAGUCAAAAAACAUACAGAAGAAAAUACAAAGGAGCAGGACAAUCACUAUAGUGUGAAUGCUGCAAAACAAUCACACAAUUACAGUGAUUGUUUUGCUGCAUUCACGUUAUAGUGAUUCUGCUGCUCCUUUCUGUACAUUUUUCAGCACAUAAAAACUCAAACACUUUCAGAGAUUUCACCAAUCUCUGUAUUACAAUGUUCAGUUCGUCAGGACAUUAGUGCUUGUACUUUUGGUAUUUAUGAACUUUAUAGUUUUUGAAAUAUUGAGGAAAAUAUGCCCCAUAGGACAUGAUUGAGAAAGUCUUCAGAUUUCAAAGUUUUAAGUAGAUUAACAACAAACUUUUAAAUAUAUUCACAGGUUAUGGCUUCAUCUUUUCGAGGGAUUUUCUAAAAAUUUGGUAUUGAGCU